AGCCCCGGUCACGUGUUGGGACUGUGCUCGGCUUCAGGAAGUGCGGGCGGCGGGGGCUGCGGAUGGUUGUCAGGCUCUGGAGGAGGAGGGGCGCGCUGCACGGCGACUAGCGGCCCGGCCACGGCCUGUGGUACCACAGCUAGCCGCUCAGGGGGAGCUGCUACACGGGCUGCCGGCGGGGACUGACCUCGUCACGGGGAGAGGCCUCCUGCGGCCUUACUGCCGCUCAGCUGUGGUGACUGGAGGAGGCUCGGGGUGAGUCAGCGCCGGCCACAGAUGUGUGCAUAUAACCUGUAGAGAGACCGUUUCUUCCUUGACAAACAGUUUAACCACAGAGAGUCGCCAAGAUAGCUGGCCCAGGUAGAAAGCGUCGAACCCCUGACCCAGACACCAUUACAGACCCCGGGGGCCCAUUUGUUUCCACCAAGCGGCAGAAGAUGUCCCAUUCUGCCGAGGGCAAGGGGCAGAGGAGGGUGACUCGAGGAAGCGAAGAUGCCAUCAAUAAAAAGAAGCAAAAAGAUCGAGUCAACCAGGAAAGCAAAGAAGGCAAGAUGGUGUCCGGUGGUGAGCCAAGGAAAGACAUGAUGAUCGACUGGAAGCAGAACUCAGAAGAAGUGAUUGUAAAACUGAACGCCGGGCCGGGAGCUGUAAAUGUGGACGACCUGAAGGCGGAGUUCACCGAUACGGACUGCGUGAUCAACUUUCCAGAGGGCAAUCAGUGGAACUGCCGUUUCCAUGAAGAAAUCGAAGGUUCUUGCAGUAAAAUUCAAUAUAAAGAAAAAGGCAACUUCCUGCAACUAAUUUUACAGAAGAAAAUUCCAAUGAAUAAAUGGCCGAGCCUCCAGAAAAAGAAGAAAGACGUAGUGAAAGAAGCGGCAAAGCCUGUCACAGUGAGAGAGAAUGGAAAGCCAAAAGCCCCUUUGAAAUUGCCUGUAUCGGACAUCCAUCAAGCUCAAUCCAAUGGGAACCAAGAAAUGAGAAAGAUUAAACCUGAUCUUAGAAAUGCCAAACGGGGGCAGGAAUCGGCCGAACCAAAAGCAAGUCCCAGGAGUCCCCUCAUAAAGAAGUCUGCCUCUUGCUCUGUCCCCCAAGGCGGGACACAGGUGAGGAAGGGCUCGCCCCAUAAGCUAACCUCUGCACGAGACGCCAGUCCUAGGAGCCAGAAAACGGCCAACUCUGAAGACGGUGCGAAAUGUGUGAGCGCUAAAGGGAAUAUCAAAUUUACUGAUCAUAACCGAGUCAAGGAUUGUAUAGGGACACCAAAACCUGCGAGUCCCAGAGUGGAGACGUCAGAUGUCAUGGGAGAAAAGGUUGUUACUGCUGACGCAGAGAAGAAUCCUCUUCCCACUCAGGGGACGUUACACCAGUCCGCCACAUCAGCCGUACAGCCCGUAUGUGAUCCGUCACCCGGCCUACCCGGUGAUUUGACUUUGGAUCUGCUGGUGCCGUCUAAUGGGAUGUCCCAACGGUCAUCGGAGCAAGCGGCAGAUACCCGGGAGAAGCUGUCAAAUAAGCAACUGGUGCCAGAUGGAACAAGGGCUGCUGCUGGUUCAUCACACGGUGAAGGCGUCAUGGCCGACAAACAAACUUCUUCUCAAGAUGACAGUCUAGAAGACGCAUCGGAAGAUGUCGAGCCUUAUGUGAAUCUCACCUUUGUGAAGAAUGACUUUUAUGAGAAGGGUAAUGACGUGGUGGUCGUACACGUGUAUGUGAAAGAAAUCUGUAAGCAGACGUCCCGGGUUUUGUUUCGGGAGCAGGAUUUCACGCUGAUCUUUCAGACGAGAGACCUAAACUUUCUUCGGCUUCAUCCUGGUUGUGGCCCAGAUACUGUGUUCAGGUGGCAAGUAAAGCUCAGGAACCUUAUCGAGCCAGAUUUGUGCAAAUACAACUUCACAGGGGUUCGCAUUGAUAUCUCUCUCCAGAAGAAGCAGUGUCAGAGGUGGGGUGGUCUAGAGGCGCCUGCCGCACAAGGUGCAGUGGGUGGUGCAAAAGUCGCGAUGCCUGCAAGUCCUGCCCCUCUUGACAAAACUCAGUCCGGAAGUAAGCAGCUCUCGCUGUCCAGCAAAGAAGAACCCAGAGCUGUGGAAAAGGAGAAGCCGCGAGCUGAGGAGGUCAGUCUGGAUAAAGUGUCCUCCAGGGCAGUGGCUGAUCACGUCCCUGUAAAACCAGAGCAACUCCUGGCUUCGCCUAAGCCGACUUGCAUGGUGCCCCCGAUGACGCACAGUGCAAUUAGCAGCGACAGUGCCCAGGAGGAAGAGGAGAAGAGAGUGUGUCUGCCGGGCUUCACCGGUCUGGUCAACCUGGGAAACACCUGCUUCAUGAACAGCGUCAUCCAGUCCUUGUCUAACACGCGGGAGCUGAGAGAUUAUUUCCAGGAUCACUCUUUUGAGUCUGAGAUCAAUUGCAACAACCCUUUGGGGACCGGAGGGCGUCUUGCUGUUAGUUUUGCUGUCUUGUUAAGGGCUCUUUGGAAAGGAACUCAUCAUGCCUUCCAGCCAUCAAAACUCAAGGCAAUUGUUGCCAGCAAAGCCAGCCAGUUCACUGGUUAUGCUCAGCAUGAUGCCCAGGAGUUCAUGGCUUUCCUGCUGGACGGACUCCAUGAAGAUCUGAACCGGAUUCAGAAUAAGCCAUACACGGAGACCGUGGAUUCGGACGGAAGGCCAGAUGAGGAAGUUGCCGAUGAAGCGUGGCUGCGCCACAAGAUGAGGAAUGACUCCUUUGUGGUCGAUUUGUUCCAAGGCCAAUACAAGUCAAAGUUGGUUUGUCCAGUCUGUGCUAAGGUUUCUAUUACAUUUGAUCCGUUCCUGUAUUUACCGGUUCCCUUACCACAAAAGCAGAAGGUUCUCACGGUCUAUUAUUUUGCAAGAGAACCACAUAAGAAGCCUGUAAAGUUCUUGGUCAGUAUCAGUAAGGAAAACUCCAGUGCUGCAGACGUCCUUGAGUCCAUUUCUCAGAGUGUCAGAGUGAAAACUGAAAAUCUAAAGCUAGCAGAGGUGGUGAAGAACCGCUUCAACCGCAUCUUUACGCCCUCCUGUUCUGUGGAUUUGGUCUCCCCCUCCGAUCAGCUAUUUUGCUUUGAGAUUUUGUCUCCUGAACUCACUAAGGAACGUGUAGUUGUGCUACAAGUCCAGCAGCGUCCCCAAAUACCGAGCAUCCCAGUUACCAAAUGUUCAGCAUGUCAGAAAAAACAGCUUUCGGAAGAGGAGAAACUGAAGCGCUGUACCCGAUGCUAUCGGGCUGGAUACUGCAACCAGGUUUGCCAGAAAACACACUGGCCUGAGCACAAAUUAUCCUGCCGACCUGAAAAUAUCGGAUAUCCCUUCUUUAUUAGCGUCCCAGAGUCACGGUUGACAUAUUCUCGCCUUGCACAGUUGUUGGAGGGUUACGCAAGGUAUUCGGUAAAUGUUUUCCAGCCUCCUUUUGUACCUGGAAGAACUUCCCCAGAGCAGCCCCCACAACCACUAAGCCCAGAGAAGCCAGACUCCCUGUCCCAGCCCAGCGGCACCUUUUUAGAAGAAGCUUUUGAUGAUGUCAGAGACUCUAAUUCUGCACAACCAGCCCUCGGACCUUCUCAAGGUCUCUCACUACAGCCGGAGCUGGGCGACUCCAACGUACAGGGAAAGACCUGUGUGGACCGGCACUCAUUGGUCAGCACAGACUCUGGUUUCUCUGAACAGUCUUCAGACGCCUUAAGGGAGUUUGAUUCUGGGGGCGAGAAAGAGACGUCGGUCGAAAAAUCGGUCAAACCCGAAGCUGCAGUCCCAGGAUACCAGCAGUCUGUGGAGUCCUUAAGUUCCCAUGCUUCCCUGUUUAAUAUCAUCCUGAUUGAUUCCACCAGUAGAGAGGUGAAGCUGGAAGAUAAAGGGGAUACGGUGCUGGACCUGUCUGAUGAAUACUCGCUUGCUCUGGUCUGGAAGAACAAUGAGAGAAUGAAGGAGUUUGUAUUGGUAGAGUCAAAAGAGCUGGAAUUCGAAGAGGACCCGGGGUCUGCGAGUGAAGCUGCUAGAGUCGGCCUGUUCACCCUGGAGCAGUGUCUCAAUCUCUUUACCAAGCCUGAGGUCCUGGCUCCAGAAGAAGCAUGGUACUGCCCCAAGUGUAACCAACACCGAGAAGCUUCCAAGCAGCUGAUGCUGUGGAGGCUGCCGAACAUCCUGAUCAUCCAGCUGAAACGUUUCUCCUUCCGCACAUUUAUCUGGAGAGACAAAAUAAAUGACCUGGUGGACUUCCCUGUCAGGGGGCUUGACCUCACUACAUUCUGCAUCGGUCAGAAGGAAGACCACCAGAGGCCGAUCUAUGACCUGUAUGCAGUGAUAAAUCAUUACGGGGGUAUGAUCGGCGGUCACUACACUGCCUAUGCCAGGCUUCCUAAUGAGAAGAACAGUCAGCGGAGUGACGUGGGCUGGAGAUUGUUUGAUGACAGCACAGUGACCACAGUCGACGAGAGCCAAGUGGUGACGAGAUAUGCAUAUGUGCUCUUCUACCGACGGCGUAACUCUCCUGUGGAGAGACCAGUGCGGGGGCAUCCGGCUGAUCACAGGCCUGAAACAGGAGCAUCUGCUGAAGGGGCUGCUAGUCAGGCUUCUCUGAUCUGGCAAGCACUGGAGGCCGAAGAGGAGGAACUCCACCAUGACGCGGACUUACAGCGACGCCACAGAGCCCCCACCACUCACGAUCCCGUCCAGCUCUCGGACUACUCUGACGAAGCCCGUAUCCGUUAUUUUGUCCUUGGCACCAUGGCAGCUAUUGUUGCCUUCUUCUUGAAUAUAUUCUAUCCCUUUAUGUACCAGUCCCAGGGGAGGUAGAGGCCUCUGAUACGACUGUCAGACUUGGUGGCUUUCGUCUCAGGACGCAGAAUUACCAUGUCCUACGGUUGGCCAAUGAAUGUCACUGUUUAUCUGCAAUACGUCAAUGUCCACGCAUAUCGUGGCGGGCCGAUGCGGCAAGGAUCUUUAGCCCAGGGGGGGUCAGUUCACACAGAUGUUGAGUAAACAAGGACCGCAGGAGAUUUUAUGGAAAAAUAUGCAUCCCGUCCAGUAGAAACAGGAAUAUUAUAUAUUAUAUUGAAAUAACACGGAGAAUGAGUCACAUAUGGCCACCAGGAUAACAUCAAAUAUUUUAAAAAUAAAACGCCAACAUACAGCCUGCUGGUAAAAUAUGAUCGUCUUCAAUUUAUGUAGAUUCUUCACAUAUUUCUAUUCCCUCCGCUCCCCAGGAAGGCAGAGGUGUUUUUCGUGAAAUGGUUGACGUGUUUAAUGGUGUGGCCACUAGAGGGAGCUAAGCAUUGCACUGAAUAUAUGGCGUAUUAGCUUUAGCUCUAGCCUGGACAGUGUGAUCGUGGAGGAUCACUGCUUGUAAGAUGCACUUUAAGACUUGCCAAGGUGAGUGGGUCGCUCUACCAUAAAGGGGGUUGCCUUGUGGACAUCACGCCUGUCCAUAUGCACUUUCACAGCAUAUGGAUAUUAAAGAGGGGGGGGGGGGGGGUCGGUCUCGCAUUUUGUACCCGGCAGCUCUCGUUUUGAUGGACUCAAACUAUCCAUGUAUUACAUGGCUAUAUAUUCAUAUGAAUGGCCGCCAUGUAGUGCUACAUUUCCCCAGCAGAGGCCACUGCAGGGGGAAGUGCCUGGCUAUUAGUAGUUUCCCCAGUAAAAUUAGUCAGGAUCGGCACAUUUUGAGUUGGGUUGUCUCUUAUUAGACAGCUCCUUUAACUAAGCAGAGAAGCCAAAACUUUAACCCCAUUCCUGAUGAUCUGUUUAACCCUGUGGAUAUCAUCAGGCAUUCCUAAAAUGUGGCCAAAUCUGUACGGCUGGUGUCUAUUCCCACAGCAGGAUAUCAUGGGGGGUAGUAGUGAGUUAGGUGCAUUAGGUCAGAUUAUAGCAGUGGUACUAGUGAGUCAAGUCAUAAUGCAUGGUAGUAGUGAGUCAGAUCCCUAAGGUUAGAUUACAAUGGGGGUAGUAGGUCCCUUAGGUCAGGUUAUAAUGGGGGUAGUAGCGAGUCAGGUCCACCACAUCUGGUUAUAAUGGAGGUAGUAGUGAGGUCCCUCAGGUCAAGUUAUAAUGGGGGUAGUAGCGAGUCAGGUCCAUCAUGUCUGGCUAUAGUGGGGGUUAUAGUAAGUUAACUUCGACAGGUCAGGUUAUAAUUGGGGGAGGGGGGGGGGUAGUAGCGAGUCAGAUCCGUCACAUCUGGUUAUGAGGGUAGUAGUGAGGUCCCUCAGAUCAGGUUAUAAUGGGGGUAGUAGCGAGUCAGGUCCAUCACAUUUGGUUAUAAUGGGGGUAGUAGUGAGUCAGGUCCAUCACAUCUGGUUAUCAUGGAGGUAGUAGCGAGUCAUGUCCAUCACAUCUUGUUAUAAUGGCGGUAGUAGGGAGUCAGGUCAGUCACAUCUGGUUAUAAUGGAGGUAGUAGUGAGUCAGGUCAGUCACAUCUGGUUAUAAUGGAGGUAGUAGUGAGUCAGGUCAGUCACAUCUGGUUAUAAUGGAGGUAGUAGGGAGUCAGGUCAGUCACAUCUGGUUAUAAUGGAGGUAGUAGGGAGUCAGGUCAGUCACAUCUGGUUAUAAUGGAGGUAGUAGGGAGUCGGGUCAGUCACAUCUGGUUAUAAUGGAGGUAGUAGGGAGUCGGGUCAGUCACAUCUGGUUAUAAUGGAGGUAGUAGGGAGUCGGGUCAGUCACAUCUGGUUAUAAUGGAGGUAGUAGGGAGUCAGGUCAGUCACAUCUGGUUAUAAUGGAGGUAGUAGGGAGUCAGGUCAGUCACAUCUGGUUAUAAUGGAGGUAGUAGGGAGUCAUGUCCAUCACAUCUGGUUAUAAUGGAGGUAGUAGGGAGUCAGGUCAGUCACAUCUGGUUAUAAUGGAGGUAGUAGGGAGUCAGGUCAGUCACAUCUGGUUAUAAUGGAGGUAGUAGUGAGUCAGGUCCAUCACGUCUGGUUAUAAUGGAGGUGGUUGUAGUAAGUUAGGUCCAUCACGUCUGGUUAUAAUGGAGGUGGUUGUAGUAAGUUAGGUCCCUCAGGUCAGGUUAUAAUGGGGGCAGUCUCGAGUCAGGUCUCUCACAUCCGAUUUAUAAUGGGGGUAGCAGGGCGGUUAUGUUGCAGAUUAUUUUCUUAGUUCUUUGCAGCCGGUGAUUACAAUGAACGUUUCUUUAUUCGUUAAAGAACAAGGAGCUUGUAGUAACUUGUUGUUCUAAUUGAAUAUCAUAAAUCGCCUCCACUUUGGGUAGUUUUAGAGCAUCUAGUAGAAAACUGCACAAACAGCAAUUCUUUAAAGGGCUGUUCCCAUGUUAGGCGUACUUGCCAUCCAUUUCUGAUGGAGCCGGUCUCAGAGGUGUGACCCAUGUCUUUCUCCAGAGACCGCCAUCAGGUAGAUAUGGAACACCCCUUUAUCUGGGUUGUCUCGUCGCCAUGUCCAGAGGGGCGCCGAUCCUAAUCUCGCACAGUCCCUGUAGAGAAUUCAGUCCGGGUAUCAGAGCAGCAGAGGUGGUUGGUAGCUUAAUAACGCCAUGGGGGAAAUUCAAAAAUUCCUUCAUAGUCUUCCAUUUCAUAGAAAGUAUUUUUCUUCAUCCUGUAUGAUGAAGAGACCCCCUAAUCUUUGUCUUAAAGAGUCAUACGGUUUAGAAGACCCGGAAAUUCACACUUGGGGACUUGGUAGUAGGGCUCUGGAGGACCGUGCAUUACAUGGACAGCCCCUUCAAUAUGGCAGCUGUGUAAUGCUGCGUUUGUCCUGCGGUGGCGCUUUAGGGAACGGAGACGAUUACUGCCGAUCAAAGGGAGUGUCUGCACCAGAACCUCCUGCGAUCAGCUUCUAACCAAAAGGAAUUGUCCAGAGUAGACGACCCCCUCGAAGUCCGGGACCUCCACAGGCAGGAGUAUUUAUCUUUAAUAAACCCCCGUUGCCUCCAGACUUAAUUCAUACAUUCAGCAAAUUCCACUCUUUAUCCCCAUCAUUACUACAAUCGCUGCUUUAUUUCACGUACAUCCAAGCGGUGGAACUAUUUACACAAGUGUGAACGAUACGAGACCCCCAUCUGACGGCUUUAGGGCUCCUUUAAGUGAAAAUGUCUCCAGUAGAGAGAAAGAGGUUUACGGCAAUAAGCCGGCCUUUACUGAUCUUCUCUCAUUCCGUACCCCCCUCCCCCCCAAAACCCUUAAAUACUUUGAUUUGACCUACGAUAAUCCAGUGAAAUCCCGAACAAAUGCACUAAGCAGUUUUAGGAAUGUUGAAGAAUGCUGUGAGGGAUGUAGGGGAUUGGUAUAAACUCCCAUAUAUAUUCUGGAGGACCCAGCGUGUCACAUUACACAGACAGCCUAUUGGUUUCAAUGACAUCUGUGUAAUGCCUCAUUUCCCCUGCGGAGGCGCUAGAGAAAUUAAACACUUGCUGCUAGAUUACUGCUGAUGCCAGCAGGACGUCCUAGUGUAUAUUUGGGGGAACCCUUCUGAAUGAAUCUCUUCAUCCAAGAAUUUAUAUUGAUGACUUCUCUUCUGGAUAGGUCCUCAGUAUCUGAUCGGUGGGGGUCCAACACCCAAGACGCCAGCUCUUCCUAGGCCAGUGAUGUCGCAUUCAUUGGUCACAUGUCCUAGGCACAGCUCAGCCCCAUAGAAGUGAAUGGGGCUGAGCUGCAUUACCAAGCACGGCCACUAUACAAUGUAUGGCGCUGUGCUUGGAAAUCCUCCAGGAGCCCACAGUACUCACUAAUGGUGGGUCCCCAAAACAGCUGAUCAGCAGGGAUGCUGGGAAUUGGACCCCACCGAUGUGAUGAUGACCUAUCCUGUGAAUAGGUCAUCAUUAUCAAUUCCUGGAUAUAAUCCCUUUAAUAUUAGAACAGCUGACUGGCGAGGGUCCAGGGUGUCAGCCAUCUAAUAAAUGAUUGCCUAUCCUGAGGAUGGGUCACCAAUAUAAAAGGAGUGGACAUCCCCUUUAAGACAUUACAUUUCUCCAAGACUAGAGCAGAACCACUGUGGCGCUGUAUAGCAGGAGUCUGUAACUACAACUCCCAGCAUGUUUUGAGAUGGAGUGUGAGGGUAUAUUGCUAGAGUAUGGUCAGGCGGUGGGGACCUCCACAGAUCCUGAGAAGGAAGGGGAUACAGUGGUAGAUGCCAGCAGUUUCUCUGCUCGGUGGCGCCACACCUGCCUGUUCAGGGAACUGUAGCGUGUGACAAAAGUGUGCAUCGUAAUAUACUAAAUAUUUCUUUUUCCUGCUUUUGACCAUUUCUGUAAACUGUUAGGAACCUCCUAUAAGGACACCGCGGUACACAUGGGGAUGUAAGCCGCCCCCAUUACCAUGUAGCGGGUCCAUGUCUGCAGGCGGUUAGUGUGUCUAAGGAUCCUGCAUGGUUAAUAAAUGGCAUUUGCAAUAAUCUUGUUAAUCCUCGCGGGCAUUAAGCGGCGGGUAAUACUCAGACGUGUAUUUUUGUACUUUUUACAGAGCUCGACUUCAGAUUGACCAUUUAUGUGUCCAUAACUUAUAUUGUCUAUUUAUAUUCUGAUAUAUUUUUAUGAAAUCUAGGUUACAAAAAAAAAAAUAUCUGGUGUUAAAGUGGUUUAUGUUUGGAAUGUUUAAUCUGAAUAAAGUUGUUUCACUUUGAAUGCA